ACUGCCAAUCCAAUGCAUUUAGAAACAGAAAGGAACAAUAUUGGUGCAAAAGUCCAUCAUGGGUCGGCCCAACCACCCCCAUAUUUGAGUGACGGCGAUCCUAGAUUCAUUCUGCAGUUCACCCUAGCAGAAGGAUGACACAAACGAAGAAGAAGUCAGUAAUAUCCUCCAAUCUCCAUGAGAUGAAGAAGAAAUCCAUUAUUAUAAAUUAAAAAAAAGCUAAUCUUUUCAAUCAGAGAGUAGAAGCGCCGCCCCAAAAGAAGAAAUCAGCACCGGGUUUCUUUCUUUAUUUGAGCUCUCUGUGUUUGAUUUUGACGGCACCUCUCACUACUUGUCUAUUCUGCUCACAGGGAAGAGCAUUUCAGAUGAUAGUAAUACACAAGACCAAAUGGAUGUUGAUCAGGCCACGGGCAUUCGCUUUAAAGUGGACAUAAUGAUGGAGAUCCUCAGCAGGUUACCUGUGCGGUCUCUUUUUCGAUUCAAAUGUGUUUCAAAAUUUUGGGAGGCAUUAAUUGCUGAUCCUUACUUUAAGAUGAAGCAUCACCUUCAUGCCAAGAAUGACCAAAAUUCCCAAAAAAUUCUUAUUUGCCAAUUGUGGAGUGUUAAGGACCGUGGCCUUGGAUUCCGUUCUUCUUCUUUAUCCCCGGUUCAAAUGGUUGAGGAUGAACAAAAAGUUGAUUGCCCUUCGAACUGCAUACCAAUGAAGUGCAAACCUUAUUGUGGUUAUGAUGGACUGGUUCUUCUUGUAUAUUUGUCUGAUAGACCCAAUCUACCCCUUUUGCUGUGGAACCCCUCCACAAGAGAAUCAAUAGAACUUCCCCAUCCAGAAUCUCCCCUGACGGAUUGUGUAUGGGGAUUGGGAUAUGACUCAACUAGUGGUGACUAUAAGAUCCUUGCAGUUAACCUGAAUGGAUCUGGUCGUCGUGUUGAAAUUCUCUCUCUAAAAAGUGGUUCCUGGAGAAGAAUCGGUAAUUAUCCUACAGGCGUUCAUUGUUAUCCGGGUUUUAAGGAUUGUGGUAUGGAUUAUUUGCCAUUUGUACAUGGAGCAUUUCAUUGGUCUGGUAUGUCACCAUAUUAUACUAUCGUUUCAUUUAAUAUUUCAAAUGAGGUGUAUGGAGAGAUACCGUUGUUGGAGGGAAUGUGCAAUAGGUCCGAAAAGCGGAUCACCGACCAUGGUGUUUCAGUAUUGGGAGGAAUGCUUUGCUUGUAUUCUACAUAUGUACAUCACCAUAAGCGCACUUUUGAGUUGUGGGUAAUGAAAGACUAUGGUGUCAAAGAAUCUUGGACUAAAUUGAUUGCAAUACCUAAUCCUAAUCUUUUUAAUUCCGCCAGACCAAAACAUCUGUUUGCGGAUGGUGAAGUGCUACUACGCUGCCAACAUACGGGAUCUGGUGGUACUGUAUUCAGGACGACAUUUAGAGGACCAUUUGGAUUAUGGCCUCAUUGUGAUAUCGUUAAGUUUGCAAUUGUUUAUACAGAGAGCUUGAUCUCGCCUAAAUUACUUACCUAGUAUUUGCCUAUGUGUGAUUAUUGGGUUUUUGUUAUGUGAAAGUAUCGUACUGCACAACGUAUCAUUUUAUACGUCACUUCUACUCUCUGUGAUCUCCUUAACUUGAGAUUUCCUAUGCUUAAUUAUAUGCCUACAGUCUGGAAAGAUGUCAUUGUAUACCGAGGUGGAGGUACACAAAA